CACUCUCCACGCACCCGUGUCACUGGGACGCUCAGCGUUCGCUGCUCGCUAGUCGCUAGUCGCCUGUCACUUGUGAAACGGUCGUCGGUCUGUGCGUACCAGCUGUGUUCCAGGGUAUCGGUAGAGCGAUUCCAGCGACGAAUAAAAUAAAAUAAAAAUAAUAUUAAUAACGGACGACAGCGAUCUAAAAACUCGGCACAUCGUCCGUUGUGGAACCAAGUAGUGGCUCUUUGACCCGCGUUUGUUCGUUCACCGUUGUACGUUGUACCUACGUCACUCGCCCACUCGCGUACGCGUCUUUCAUAAUCGAUUCUCCGUUGGAGCGUUUCAGUACCUACCUGCGAUUUUUGCGAUAUUUGCGUACAUCGACGACCCUUUACGACUCGGCAUUCGACACGGAUAAUAUUCCAUCACACGAUUACAGAGCACAGUCUACGAACAGAUUUUACAUUCUUACAUUUCUGUCGUGAGUGCAGCAGUUCGCCGCCAACAACUUUUCGACUUAGAGUUUCUAUAUUUGGCUGCAUUUCUUCAAUGGAAGGCGUAAAUGCUGAAAUCAUGCAAUCUGGUUUGCAUCGUCUGUGGGCCAAGCGUCAGGGUACGAUCUUAGGUCACAUGCAUGAAAUCCGGGAUGAGAUAUUGGACCAGGGUCAAUGUGCAUCAUCAUUUGAUAAUCAGCCCAUUGAUGGAGAAUUACUUGGGGAUAGAGUCAAGUCUAGAGAUGAAGCUCGUUACUUGGAAAAAGAGCUUGCUGAUACCGCUGAUCCUGGAAAAAAUAGUGUUCCAUCUGCAUUCAGCAGCUUAAAAACUACAAAUUCAAAAAAUUCUGAUUGGAGUAUUGAAGAAACAUCUGUGGUUAACUUGGAUGGAGCUGAGCUCAAUGAUUUUCCUGCCAAAUAUUCAGUUCCAUUAUUACGGCCAUAUGAGUUUGCUGCUGUUGGUGUCUGGAUCCAUCCAAAUAUUGUGCCAGGAUUUAAAUACAAAGUCCGUCCAAUUGAAAAUAAGGAGCGUACAAGAUUCUUAUUUGAUAACAGAGCAUUAGAAUUAAUGAGCAUCGGCCGUGGUUAUUCUAGACGUUUAACAUUUGAAGCUAGUCCAGGAUUAUUGAAUUAUAACGAAAAUUAUUUUUGGACUGAUUCUAUGCCUUCUGGUUAUGCAUUUCAAGUACAUGUUGUGUCUGUUGGAGACAACUUCACUGUUUUUGAUGCAAACAAUGUUGCUGUGGCCACAAUAGAAGUCACUAAAAUUCCGAAUGCUCAGAAAGAAGUCAAUCAUGAAGUAAUAGAGAACGGAGAGGUGAGGAAAAAUGUAGAAGUCAGCAUGUUGUGCAAAGUAGAUUGGUUCUAUAAAGAAGAUUCAUCUGCAAUAACACCAGUCACUGGUAUUGCUGUGGCUUCUAAACUACCACGUGGAUCAGCAAAGCUAAUAAAGAUAGUAGAUGCUGCUAUUGGUUUUAUACCAUGCCGAGGUUACACUUUGAUACCUGGUGUAGAUGAUAAACAACGGCAAUUGGUGUUAAAUGGAUGUAGUAUUGGCGAUGCACCCACUAUGUACACCAUGACAGGUUUAGAGCCAUACGAAUUGCCUGUGAUUGGUACUUAUGUCGACCCAAGAAUCAUGCCUGGUUUUCAUUAUAAAGUUCGUCCAACCGGGCAUAAGAAUUAUUUGUUUGAAGGCAAUGCGUUACAAUUGGUCAACAUUGGAAUGGGAUAUGGAAAACGUAUGACAUUUAAACCUGACCUCCAUAGUCUUAACAAUAACACCAACUUUUUCUGGAGUGAUUCAUAUCCAGAGGGUUAUGGGUUUGAACCUCAGGCUGUAUUUUGUGGCAUGAAGUUUGAUGUCAUGGAUGACACUCAGCGUAUUGGUGAAGCCACAGUGUUCCGCAGUGAUAAUCCUCAAAUUGAGGAUCAACAAUGUAUUGUUAGCAGCACAACUGGAGUAACAGUGACAAAGUAUAUUCAUGUGGAUGUUACAUGUCAAGUGAUGUUGAAGAGUGAUAAAUCUGACAAUGGGUCUCAUUCUGUUCGUGUUUCUGGUACUGCAGUUGUAGUCAAAUACUCUAAGCAAAAUGAAGCUAAAUUGUUGUAUAUCGACAAUGUGGGUCUUAGCUCUAAGCUUAACUUGGUGUUUAUGAAUCAAAAGUCUCAUAUUAUUUUUCAAGCUAAGUAAUCACGUUAGAUAAUUCAUAAGUUCAGCUUAAGCACUCCAAGACAAGCAUAGAUAAUUAUUUUGUUCCUUUUACAGUUUAUAAAUGUGUCAUUUUCUGUAAAUCUACCUUGAGUAUUUUCUAUUGUUUCAUGGUUUAUUGGUUUAAUAUUCUCAAUUUGUUAGACAUUUGUUAAAUGUUUUUUUUAUAGUUAUGAAAUAUUUUGUAUUUUAAUUUGUUUUUGGCAUACAACUUAAAUUUUUUAAUUAUUGCAGGGUCUGUGUGCUAAGCAAAAUUUAUGAAUAAUUAUUGGUACAGUAUUCUUUAGAUUGUUGAACUGUAAAAAUAAUUAUUUGAACUGAUAAUUU